UCAGUGGAUGAUGCAGUGAUGCAACCGUUCCACUUUCAAUUGCCGUUCGGAGCCUAUUCAUAUCCAGAACAAAGGUUCACUGUAACCAGUUGAUAUAUCCGUUGUAAAUCACGCUAGUCAUAUGCCACCCUUUGACAACAUUCGACAACCGAUCGUCCGACAGCCCAAUCAUGAACCGUUCAUUCAUUGUUCUUCUUUUUGGUUUGCUUUUCUUUUACUCGGCAGCGACGACAUCAGAUGAGCCCAAUGCUACUUCAACGGCUUUUCGGAUCGUCGGUGGCUACAGCAUCACCAUCGGUGCAAUUCCCUUCAUUUGUUCCAUCCGUCAGAGAAAUACGGGACCGCCAGUAGAUAACGGCCAAUGGAGCUGGUUGUGCGGGGGAACGGUCGUAAAUCAGAACUGGCUGCUCACUUCCGCUCAUUGCAUUUUCGGCCUAGAUAUCGCUCGUAUAUUGGUUGUUUGUGGCCUACGCCAAGCCCGCACCAUCCAGCUGGUUCAAACCAGCCCGGCUUAUGUCCAGGGACAGAAAGGAAAUGAUUUGGCGUUGGUUUUGCUCAAGAAACCACUGGUUUUCAGUGACAACGUACAACCCAUUACAAUUUGGGAUGGACAGCCGCUUCCAUCUAACGAGGCCACAAUUGUCGGUUAUGGAUUAUCUUCGUACGACGUAGCAGGAUGGCGAGCAAAUGGUUUACAGGCCGCCACCGUUCCAAUACUGUCAAACGAACAAUGUUACCAACGACUCGGUUAUCUGGCUGCUUAUCUGACAACUGAUACCAUCUGUACUGAUAACGGUGCUGAUGGCGCUGGAACCUGCGUCGGGGAUUCCGGUGGUCCAGUCAUUAUUGCUACAGAGCAGCAAGCCUUCAAUUUGAUAGCGAUACCAUCCUGGACGGUUAGCCCGUGCGGUAGCGGACCGUCGAUGCAUACUCUUAUUUCGCCUCACAUCAACUGGAUUCUCGACGUUAUUACUCCAAAUCUUGUGCAGACUAUUGAAACUAUUGAUGUGUUCCCUUAAUUGUAUCAUAUUGGAAGUAAAUGGAAUAGUGAAGUCUUUUAACUCUGUAACAUUUCC